GUUCUGGAAAAACGUUUACUAUGCUUGAUGAAAAAAAUGGUCUUUAUGUAAAAGCAGCACGAGACAUUUUUGCAUUAUUACAAAAGCCAGAUUUUAGUUAUUUAGCAGCCUAUAUAGGAUUCUAUGAAAUUUAUCAGGGGCAGUUGUAUGAUUUGUUAAAUCAACGAAAAAAAUUAUAUGCAAGAGAAGAUGGCAAGAAAAAUGUAAUAAUAACAGGACUUCAAGAAUAUGCAAUCGAUAAUGUUGAUAAUUUGAUGCAAGUUUUCGAUUAUGGAAACAAUAUUCGUAGUACGGGAGCAACUGGCGCGAACGAAGAUUCAUCUCGAUCACAUGCUAUCUUACAAAUGGUAUUAAAACACAAGAAAAACAGAAAGAAAUUUCAUGGAAAAUUAAGUUUUAUUGAUUUAGCAGGAAGUGAGCGAGGUGCAGAUAGAGGAGAAGCUGAUAAACAAACAAGAAUGGAAGGCGCAGAAAUUAAUAAAAGCUUAUUGGCAUUGAAAGAAUGUAUUCGAGCACUUGAUCAAGAUAAAAGACAUACACCUUUUCGACAAAGUAAACUUACGCAGGUGCUGAAAGAUUCGUUUGUGGGCAAUUCGAGAACUUGUAUGAUUGCAACGAUUUCACCAAACGUCACCAACAGUGAACAUACAUUAAAUACAUUAAGAUACGCGGACCGUGUUAAAGAAUUAAAAUCAGAAAGAGAUCGAGCAGACAGAGUCGCAGCAGGACUUGAAUUGGCAGCAAGUGAAUUGAACGAUUUAUCUGAAGAGCAACGGCAAGAAUAUUACAAACAAGCACAUGAGAAAUUGGAAGCAGAAGGAGAGUAUGAAGUUGAUUAUGAGUUUGAUGAAGAAGAAGGAUUUGAUGAUGACUAUAAUGGAGAAGAAGAUGGGAAUAAUACAUUUGAUGAUGGUGGUGAGAAUGAUUCGGAUUUAUUUGACGAAGACUUGAUUAGCGAUGAUGAUGAUUACUUGUUUAAUGAAGAGUUACCAUUUGAUGGAUUGGCUGAUGUUGAUUUUCCCGAACAUAAUAGAGAUUUAUUAGAUGUUAGUGGUAAUAGUAGUCUCAGCAAUAGUUUUGAAAAUAAAUCGGAUACGUCAGUUGCAACUAUUUUAUCAUCAUCGUCUACAUCAUCAUUACCAAAUUUUAAUAAUAAUAGUCGCAAAUUUCUUAAGAAACAUCGACAUGAGCUUAGAAUAGCAAGUGAUGCAGGGAAAAAGGAAACAAGGCUUUUAGCCCAAUUUACAAUAGACAUUAGCAACUCUAAGCAAGAUUUUAUUAAUAAUAAUGCAUCAUCAACAACGCUGACAAGGGAGAUAAAUGUGACUACAUUCAAUAAUUACUUGAAAGAAUUAGAAAGUAUAUUAGAUAUUAAAGAAAAAAGUCUAUCAGAAUUGAGAAGUAAGAUUAAACAACUUAAAAAACGAUGA